CAGCAGUAUGGGCGAAAAUUUGAAAGCCAUAAAAGAACAAGGAAUUCUCUUUCGGUUUUAACCCACAAUUUCCUGAACAAUUAAUCAGUGGAACAACUUGCCUCCAGAACUUGUGGAUGCUCCAUCCCUGGAGGCUUUUAAGAAGAGAUUGGACAGCCAUUUAUAUGAAAUGGAGAGAAUCCCAGUGACAAGUGGCACCCGAGUCCAGUUUCGCCAUGAAAAAAGUCAAAUUUCUCUCGGCCGAGAUCCACGAUUUUACUUCGGAGGAGGCUCAGCAGCUGCUGCACAACAAAUUUGUAGUUGUGAUAGGGGACUCCAACUAUCGUGCAAUAUAUAAAGAUUUGGUCUACUUUCUGCAGAACGAUGAGUUGGUCCCUAUCGAAGAACUGAGGAAGAAGCAUGAGCCGACUUUCGCCAAGGACUGCCUGGUGGAAUUGAACGAGUCUUCCGGAAACGAUUACCGUUUGGUGCGCCAGUACCGUACCCGACAUCACCUCGUGCGCUUCUACUUCAUCACCCGGGCUUAUUCGUCCUACGUGGACAGCAUCAUGAACGACUUCCGGGCGGCUCUGAAGGCAGAUCUGGUGCCCGAUGUUGUCAUCGUGCAUUCUUGCCUCUGGGAUCUCAACAGGUAUCACGAUAAGUUUCCCACGGAGCCGCCACUCCCGAAAGCGAUCAGAGAAUACCGCCAGAACAUGGAGAAGCUCUUCCGAGCCUUGAACGAAGUUCUUCCUUCGCGCACUCUCGUAAUUUGGAAUACGGCCAUGUCCAUCACCAAAGACGCCCGUGGAUACGUCAUCGAGCAACCUUGCAAGAUGUCAGCCGUGGAUAUGAUAGAAGCCAACUUCUACAGCACCAACCUGGCCCAAGCGUUCUGGUUCGACGUCCUGGACCUCCACUACUACUUCCGGUUCCUGCAGGACCUCCACGCGCCCGACGGCACGCACUGGGACCUCCGGGCCCACCGCUACCUGACCAAGCUCCUGCUCACUCACCUGGCCGAAGCCUGGCAGGUCCAGCUACAGAAGCAGAGGCAGCUGAUGGACAUUCAGAAGUUUCGAAAAACGUCUCCCUGGAGGAACCUGGACCCUGCCCCUCCUCAGCUGAUCCCCACCCUGUGGACCAACGGCUCAGCCAGGGACUUCUAUUCCAGGAGACCUUCUCACCUCAGUCGUAAAGCUUACAAAAAGAGGCUCAGAGCAAGGUUGAGUCAAUGUCACCAUUCGCCUGUCCAGCUUGGUGGCCCCUAUGAUGGGCUUCACCAGGAACACAACCACCCCUGCCCCUCUGCCGCUCUCCCCGAUCCCAGGAAUUCUCCCACUGGCUUGUACAGGGGACCCAUAAUUUCAUCUGAAUGCCCUCAACCCAUUCCAGGUUAUUACCCUUGUGGCCCAGAACAUGGGAGCUACGACAGGUGGCCCGUAGGUUCUUCUGAACAAGAGCAUUGCCCUCCACCCGGUCCAAAUUUUAAUUCUUUCACCCCACCUUGCGUCGGCUGGGAAAGUUGGUCCGUACCUUCAUUUGAAGGAGAACAGGGCCUUCCCAGCUACUACGACGGUCAUUCCCAUGACCCAUUUCAUGCUGGCUGUGAUGCUACACCCAUAAGUGGACAGGAGCAUCACCCUCAACCCGAUGCAGGUUAUUCCUGGGUCCCAGAUAGUUCUGGUGGCCAUAGUAGACCCAUAGAUGUUUUAGAGCAAGGUGUCCCAUUCUAUCCCGGUCCUUAUGAUCCUCCUUUCCAAGAUGGCAGGCUCGGCAGCUUCGCUGACCAGGGGCCAAGAUUCCACCCCAAUAGUCCCCCUCAUUUCUCACAAGGCGUGGGUGACGCGAGCACACCCCUGAAUAUUGUUGAACAGGAGCAGUGUCUCCAGCCCCAUCAUUAUUUCCAGGAGGCCCAUGGACCUGAUGAUGACAGUUGGGUCAUGGGUUUGCCCGAGGAGGGCCCGUGGCCCCCGUUUCAUCCUAGGAGAGACUUUCCUGUCCCUCAGGAUGUUAGGAGUGGCCCUUGGUCCACAGAUGGUGAUGAAGGAGAUCCGGGCUUCUCAUUCCGCAUAGAAGAAAAUCAUCCCAAUUGCUUCUCUGGGCCGGAAUCCUUUACUCAGGAGGAAGUCUGGGCUCCUUACAGCCUGCCACACAGAAUACCCCGCGGUGCCUGGAUCGGGAAGAUGCUUCCAAACCGCCUUCGACAUGCCAACUACAGACGCCAAGCCUGCGCCCCUUAUGCCGCCAGCUGGAAGACAUCCAGGGACUCUUAUUGAUCUGGUGCCCAUCUCAACUUGGGGCCCUUUUUGUUCGGGGGUUUUGAUUUCUCACCAAAGACCAACGUGGCAGGACCGAUUUUUCUCCCGGGCUGCGGUUCCAUCUCUGCCCACUGUAGAAAUGCUAGUUUGGGCAUCUCGGUUAUAUGGAACAAUUUGGAAUUACUGGUUUGGGAGUUUGAAGAGCCAACAAUUUGGGAUUUCUGAUGUUGAUGAAAUGUUUGGGGUGGGGGUGGGAAUCAGAAUCUGAUUUGGGAGCCGGCGAGGUUGUGACAUCAUGUGAGAGCAGGGAAAGGAGGCCACAGGGAAAGGUUAGGUCAGGAGUUUUCAAACUUGGCUCCUUUAAGAGCUGCGGACUUCAACUCCCAGAAUUCCCCAGCCAACAUGGGCAAUUCUGGGAGUGGAAAGCCACACAUCUUAAAGCAGGGGUCCCAAAACAUGGCAGCUUUAAGACUUGUGGACUUCAACUCCCAGAAUUCCCCAGCCAACAUGGGCAAUUCUGGGAGGGGAAAGCCACACAUCUUAAAGCAGGGGUCCCAAAACAUGGCAGCUUUAAGACUUGUGGACUUCAACUCCCAGAAUUCUCCAGGCUGGAGAAUUCUGGGAGUUGAAGUCCACAAGUCUUAAAGCUGCCAAGUUUGAAGACCUCUGUCUUAAAGUGUCCAAGUUUGAAAAAAAAAAAAACAAUCCUAGAAAUCAAGGGUGUCCACUCAUGGCAACUUUUAAAGACUUGUGGACUUCCACUCCCAGAAUUCCCCAGCCAGCAUGUGGGCUCUGGGUGUGUGAUUUGUGUACGUGCUGUUUUUAGUGUGUCCUUCCUUUGCAAAUCUAACAAACCGAAGCUCAUUGUGGAGAAAAUUAAGGUUUUUACACUUAGGCAAGGAAAACCAACUCUGCAGGUACAGAGCAGGAGAAACCUCGCUUAAGGCCAGUAACUGUGAAAGGAGUCUUGGAGUCCUAGUGGACAAUCACUUAAAUAGGAGCCAGCGGGUGUCACAGCUGCCCAAAAAAAGCCCACACAAUCCCACAAUGCAUCCCACAAUGCAUUAACACAGGGAGAGAAUCAAAAUCACGUAAAAUGUUAAUGCUGUUUUAUAAAGCCUCACUAAGAUCGCAUUCUGGAAUAUUGCAACCAAUUUACAAUGUUAAAAAAAGGAGACUCUGGAAAGAGUGCAGAGAAGAGCAACGAAGAGGAUUAGGGGACUGGAGGCUGAAACAUAACGAAGAAAAAUUGCAGGUGUUGGGUAGGUCUAGUAGUCCAACGAAGAGAAGGAAUAGGGGUGACAUGAGAGCAGGGUUCCAAUAUUAAGAGCCUUGGUGGCGCAGCAGACUAAAGCGCUGUUAAGUAGCACCAGCUGCCUGCAAUUACUGCGAGUUCAAUUCUCACCAGGCUCAAGGUUGACUCAGCCUGCCAUCCUUUUGAGGUAGGUAAAAUGAGGACCCGGAUUGUGGGGGCAAUAAGCUGACUUUGUAUAAAAAAGAACACUGCUUUUGGGGGGGGGCGAAAGCCCUACUAAGCAGGUAUAUAGAAAAGUAUGAAGGCUAUUGCUUAACGCAUUGUAAGCCACCCUGAGUCUCCGGGGAAGGGCGGCAUAUAAAUCGAACCAAUAAAUAAAUAAAUAAAUUUGAGGGGCUGCCUGAAAGAAGAGGGAGGGGGGGUCAACCUAUUCUCCAAAGCACCUGAAGGUAGGACAAGAAAAGGGUGGAAACUUAACCAAAGAGAGAAGCAACUUGGAACUAAGGAGAAAUUUCCUAACAGUGAGGACAAUUAACCAGUGGAACAGCUCGCCACUAGAAGUUGUGGGUGCUCCAUCACUGGAGGUUUUCAAGAAGAGAUUGGACAACCCUUUAUCUGGAAUGGCAUAGGUUUCCUGCUCAAGCAGGGGUUGGACUAGAAGACCUCCAAGGUCCCUUCCAAUUCUGUUAAAGAUUGAGGGGCUCCUGUCCUGGGCUUGGUUCCUGUGCGAAAUUCAGAAAGGAAGAUUGCCCUUGUAGAUCCCGUCCUGGGGAUUUAUUGAGGGAAUCUGGUGUCUUCCUUAUCCUGAGGGGAUUCCUAUUCUUUGAUCAAGUCCCUGAGAUGCAAUAGUGGGACCAGAUCAAAGGCCUUUUAAACUUCCAACAAGGGGAUGUUAGAUUCCCGGGAGGACUUUCAAACCAUUUUUUAAAUCGGCUGGGAAAUCUGCUAGAUUUCUGACGCUCCUGGAUCUCUGCUGCUCUGCGGUCCACGUCUUUCUAGCAGCUGAGAUGAUUCAUGGACAUUCAGGACGUCUUAAGUGAGGAAAAUUAGAUUGCGGAAAUACAACAAAUUGUUAACUUCAGAACAUACUUGCCUACCGAUCAAAUGUACUUUCUGUUUAAGGCUGCCUUUGAAGCUCAGGUUUUUCCUCCCAAAUCAGGCCACGCAUCAGAUUAUCUUUUUUAUAUAUCUAUAUAUAUAAAUUUUUAUUAGUUAAAAACUACAAACAUACAUACAACAAUAAAACAUACACAACAAAUAAACAUGAAUCACGUCUUUACGAUUUACUUUUCGAACUUGUCGCAUCGAUAAGACUAUAUUUGUGUUCAUAUCUAUGUAUCCAUAUAUUUAUGUAUAAAAUAAUAUAUAUAUAUUUAUAAUUUUUCUCUAAUGUAUCUUUUAUAUUUCUAUUCCUAGUACAUCCUCUCUUCUGAUUUUUUUUAAUCUACGUAUUUAAUGUACUAUAUUCCUUAAUUAGUACUCUGUUUUUAUUUAUAGGUUUGUUCUCUCUUUUGUGUCCCUAUUCUACUUUUCCUUUCCUUUUUCUCCAACCAGUUGUACCAUUUCUGCCAUACUAAAUAAUAAACUGUUUCUUCCUUUUCCUGUAUUUCUUUUGUAAGUUUGUCCAUUUCUGCAUAUAUUCCAUAAUUUUGCUGAUUAUUUUAUCUUCUGUUGGUGUAUCCUCGUGCUUCCAAUUAUCUUGAGUUACAAGAAUGAGGAUGAACCUGGAUGAGGUUGAAUUGAAAAUAGGGGGGAGGGAGGGAAAUAAAAAAAGAUCAAAUCAGAAAUGCGUGAAAAGCGCCUGCCUUUUUUCAUUAAACGCGUUAGAUAAAAAUUUGUGUAACGGUAA